UAAUUAACCCAAACGGAUCAAAUUAAGGGGUGAAAGUUCACCGAGGAGGAGGGCGCGGUGGCCAGGCUCGGUCGCGGAGCCCCGGGGCCCACAGGCGCGGGCGCGCGUGGUGGCCGAGCCCCUCGGGAGCUGGGGGAGGAAGGGGCGGGGCGGGGGUCCGGAGCAGUCACGCGCCCCCUCCCGCCCCAGGUCUCCCGCUCAGGAUGGGGGUCCCCCGGCCUCAGCCCUGGGGGCUCGGGUUCCUGCUCUUCCUCCUGCCGACACUGCGCGCAGAGAGCCAUCUCUCCCUCCUGUACCACCUCACCGCUGUGUCCUCUCCUGCCCCCGGGACUCCUGCCUUCUGGGUGUCAGGCUGGCUGGGACCCCAGCAAUACCUGAGCUACAAUAACAUGCGGGCCCAGGCCGAGCCGUGUGGGGCUUGGGUCUGGGAAAACCAGGUGUCCUGGUAUUGGGAGAAGGAGACAACAGACCUGAGGAACAAGCAGGAACUCUUUCUUGAAGCUCUCAAAGUCUUGGGAGAAGGAGGUCCCUACACCCUGCAGGGCCUGCUGGGCUGUGAGUUGGGCCCUGACAAUGCCUCGGUGCCCGUGGCCAAGUUUGCUCUGAAUGGCGAGGAUUUCAUGGAUUUUGACCCCAAGCUGGGCACCUGGAGUGGGGAAUGGCCUGAGACUGAGACCAUCAGUAAGAGGUGGAUGCAGGAGGCGGGUGCGGUCAGCAAGGAGAGGACCUUCCUGCUCAACUCCUGCCCCCAGCGGCUGCUGGGGCAUCUGGAGAGAGGCCGCGGAAACCUGGAGUGGAAGGAGCCACCCUCCAUGCGCCUGAAGGCCCGCCCCGGCAGCCCCGGCUUUUCUGUGCUCACCUGCAGCGCCUUCUCCUUCUACCCCCCGGAGCUCCAACUGCGGUUCCUCCGCAACGGGCUGGCAGCCGGCUCCGGCGAGGGUGACUUCGGCCCCAACGGCGACGGCUCCUUCCACGCCUGGUCUUCACUGACAGUCAAGAGCGGCGACGAGCACCACUACCGCUGCCUGGUGCAGCACGCGGGGCUGCCGCAGCCCCUCACUGUGGAGCUGGAAUCACCAGCCAAAUCCUCGAUGCCAGUGGUGGGGAUCGUCAUUGGCCUCUUACUGCUCACGGCGGCGGCUGCAGGCGGAGCUCUGCUAUGGAGGAGGAUGAGAAACGGGCUGCCAGCCCCUUGGAUCUCUCUCCGUGGGGACGAUGUAGGGGCCCUCCUGCCCACUCCUGGCCUGCCCAAGGAUGCUGACUCUUAGGAUAUAAAUGCAUUCUCAGCAGCUGCCUGAUCACCCCCCCCCCCCCCCUGGCUACUACCAGCUAAUGUAGUCAGGCCCCUUUUAUGCUGUGAGACCUCCUGGAAUCCUGGUAUUUCUGAGCCUCCAGAAAGAGUCCUGGGCCCGAUGACCUUCUGGAUUUCUCCUCCUGUGGUCUGCCUCAGUUUCCCCUCCUGAUGAUUAUGACUCUUUUCCACCUCCACAUAUAAACGCGAGUUUGGGCCCAAA